ACCCGGUGCUGUUUUCGGGCUCGGUGCGCUCCAACUUGGAUCCGUUUUCGCGCUACGACGACGCGGCGCUCUGGACAGCCAUCAAGCGCGCGCACCUCGACUCGGCGGUCACGUCGCUCGACGACAAGGUCGACGAACGCGGCAUGAACUUUAGCGUCGGCGAGCGACAGCUGAUUUGCAUUGCGCGUGCGCUCCUGAAGAAGUCCAAGGUGAUUCUCAUGGACGAAGCGACCGCGUCGAUUGACGCCAACACGGACCGGCUCAUCCAGCAGAGCAUCCGCGACGAGUUUGUCGACUGCACGACCUUGACGAUCGCCCACCGCAUCAACACGAUCUUGGACUGCGACCGCAUUCUGGUCAUGGACAAGGGCGGCGCGGCCGAGUUUGACACGCCGAGCGAGCUGCUGAAGAACCCGAAGGGCCUCUUUACCAACCUCGUCGACCACUGGCGCGACGGCGACGAGUACGUAGACCUGGAUGUAAUUGAAUGA